AGCUGACUGAGGCACCGCAGCUCAGCCAAUCAGCGGCUUCUUCCCUGACUCUGUCAUCAGUCCUUGGUUGGGGAAAGAACGGUUUUGCUUUCAUGCUCUGUAUUUGGAAGGCAGAUAAAAUGCCAGGUCUGGAUUGCCUCUAGGGAUAGCCUUCCCCUUCUAUGAUGUGAAUGAAUCGCAUCUUGGCUGGGGGGGGGGGAGAAUCCACAGAAAACUGACAAGGCAGGCUCAGCUGCUCUGUCUAGGCCUUUCCCUGCAUUUUAAAACCCUGGCUCUGGCUUUUGAAGCAGUUCCACGUUUGCGUUGAGAAGAGGUGCCUUGGAUUAUCAAACCUCCAUGUAUGACAAUUUGUACCUGCAUGGAUUUGAAGACUCUGAGGCGGGAUCAGCAGAUUCAUACACAAGCAGACCAUCAGAUUCUGAUGUAUCUCUGGAAGAAGACAGGGAAGCAAUCCGCCAGGAGAGAGAACAGCAAGCCGCUAUUCAGCUUGAAAGAGCAAAGUCAAAACCAGUAGCUUUUGCCGUUAAGACUAAUGUGAGCUACUGUGGCGCGCUGGAUGAAGAUGUUCCUGUACCAAGCACUGCCAUCUCUUUUGAUGCCAAGGAUUUUCUACACAUUAAAGAGAAAUAUAAUAAUGACUGGUGGAUAGGAAGACUGGUUAAAGAAGGUUGCGAGAUUGGCUUCAUUCCAAGCCCCCUUCGGCUGGAGAAUAUCCGAAUCCAGCAGGAGCAGAAGAGAGGCCGUUUUCAUGGAGGGAAAUCAAGUGGAAAUUCUUCUUCAAGCCUUGGAGAAAUGGUGUCUGGAACGUUUCGAGCUACCCCCACUUCCACCGCAAAACAGAAACAGAAAGUGACAGAACAUAUUCCUCCCUAUGAUGUCGUGCCAUCCAUGAGGCCUGUUGUCCUUGUUGGCCCUUCACUAAAAGGCUACGAGGUGACGGACAUGAUGCAGAAAGCACUCUUUGACUUCUUGAAGCACAGAUUUGAUGGGAGGAUAUCAAUAACUAGAGUGACAGCUGACAUUUCUCUUGCGAAGAGGUCUGUUCUUAAUAAUCCAAGCAAGAGAGCAAUAAUAGAGAGGUCGAACACCAGGUCCAGUUUAGCGGAAGUGCAGAGUGAGAUAGAACGAAUUUUUGAAUUGGCACGGUCCUUACAACUGGUUGUUCUAGAUGCAGAUACAAUCAAUCACCCAGCACAACUUAUUAAGACAUCCUUAGCUCCGAUUAUUGUUCAUGUAAAAGUGUCAUCUCCAAAGGUAUUGCAGCGACUGAUCAAAUCAAGAGGGAAGUCACAAAGCAAACACUUAAAUGUUCAGCUGGUUGCAGCCGAUAAACUUGCACAAUGCCCACCAGAAAUGUUUGACGUCAUUCUGGAUGAAAAUCAGCUUGAAGAUGCUUGUGAACACCUGGCAGAAUACCUUGAGGCCUACUGGCGUGCCACACACACUACCAGUAGUACGCCCAUGACACCUUUGCUCGGAAGAAACCUCGGCUCCACUGCAUUAUCCCCUUACCCUACUGCAAUCUCUGGAUUACAGAGCCAACGAAUGAGGCACACCAACCAUUCUACCGAAAACUCUCCAAUUGAACGCCGAAGUCUAAUGACCGCUGAUGAAAACUACCACAAUGAAAGGGCUCGGAAGAGUAGGAACCGCUUGUCUUCCAGUUCCCAACACAGCCGAGAUCAUUACCCACUUGUGGAAGAAGAGUAUUCCGACUCAUACCAGGACUCAUACAAACCUCAUAGAAACCGAGGGUCCCCUGGAGGAUAUAGCCAUGAUUCUCGACAUAGGCUUUGAAUACAAGAACCUGGGGAAAACUGGUACUCAUUUAGUUGAAAACUUGCCAUAACAUAGCUAGACCAGACAAAUCAUCUUUAUUUGGCAGGUGUGGCAUGGUUUUACUAUGCUUACAGGCUGCUGCCGUUUACCGCUAUAAAAGGGCCCAAACCUAUAGAUCUGUGCCCUUUGUGUUAGGAAGAAAUUAGUUUGCCCAAUCACUUAGGUGUGUUUUCUCUCUAGUAUAGUGUUUAAUUUCAGAGUCUCUUUUCUCCUCAUUAGAAUAUUGUUAGACACAUCAAUUUGUAACUUAGGAUACCUGUUGAGGCGCAUAUAAAAUAAUUUCCUGCAUAGGAAAUUCCAAAUGACCAGUUCCAGUUGGAACCAAUUUAUAAAACCAAUUCCUGUUGGAAUUUGGGUGGAAUUGACUGGAAAGUCAACCUGAGCAUGUUGCAGUCAGUUAAAAAAGAUAAAUAUAAAGAACAAGAAAAUUUAAAAAACCAUUAUAAGCAAAAAAAAAAACAACCCACACUAUAAUACUUGUUUACUGGAAGGUAAAUUUAUAUAUAUCUAUAUCUAUAUAUAUGGUUAGAAUAAAAUAAUUUUAAUGUAUUUAUUUCAGACUAACCAAAUGUAAGCAGUCAAUAGUGCCAAAAAUGAAUGAAUGAAUGCCGCAAUUAGAAUUUUCCAGUUUAAAAUUAUCAGUUUCUUUUUUUCUCUCCCACCAUUCAGGUUGCAGCAAAACUGUGUCGUGUUUGAUGGUUAUUUCAUUUAGAAUGACUGUAUGAAGGUAUUCCAGCAACCUGGG